AUGCUUCCGCUUCUUCAUCCAGCCAAGGUGCACGGCUACGCGCGAUUCGCUCUUCCCAGCCGCGACUAUCCAGCCGUCGUGAAGCAUACAGAUGCAUCUGUAGUCGAUGGAUACCUGCUUCUUCUACAAACAACAUCACAACGCAAGAAGCUGGACGACUUUGAAGGCGGGGCAUACAAAGUUACGCCCGUCACCGUUGAGCUAGUAGACGGGACCACCAUUGAUGCGGAUAUGUAUGUUUGGGAUGGGGAUGCGAGCGCUGUGUCUACUGAGCCAUGGGAUCUCGACACCUUUAUCAAGGAAAGACUGGAGGAUUGGCUUGACCUUUUUGAGGGAAUGAAGCUGGUUGGAGAGGAUUCCGAUUCCGAGCAAGACUAG